GGAAUGUAGAAACUAGUAGGGUAGUGUGAAUGAACCUGUCCGUGAGAUGUGGGGAGAUAAUAAACAUGUACAGAAAAAAAGUAAUUGACAGCUCAUCAUUUUAACUUCAUCACAUCGCUGAACCUCCGCUGCCAGCUCGCGCUCCUCCAUAGGUUAUCCAUAUGGCUUCCUGGAUUAUUCAGAUAACUGUGAUGGUGCUGUCUGUCUUCACCAGCAGCAGCCAGGGGAAGAGGGACAAGCAGCUCUACUGCUCUGCCUGCAAGGCCAUUGUGGAUGAACUGAACUACUCAAUCAGUCAGGUGGACCCAAAGAAAACCAUCAACGUGGGCGGCUUUAGACUCAACCCGGAUGGAACCAUGAAAGACAAAAAGGUACCUCUGGCUCGCUCUGAGACUCACCUCAGCGAGCUCCUGGACGGGGUCUGCGACAGCAUGAGCGACUACGCCCUCCAUGUGGACCCGGACACACAGCUCAAACAGUUCAUGAGGUUUGCUCCCCGGAGCGGCGGGGCCACCGGGGACUUCCCCGACUUCAAGAAUUUCCAGUUUGACGGACCAGAGGCCUCCAACGCCCUGAAGUUCGCAUGCGAAAGCGUCGUGGAGGAGCUGGAGGAUGAUAUCAUCUCUCUGUUCAGCCAGGACGUGGAGCAUGUGCACCAGGAGCUAUGCAACAGAGUGUCAGGCUACUGUAAAGAAAGCCGCCGCAGCAACAAGGAGUUGUAGCGCCGUGGGGUUUUAUUGGUGGAGGUUGGGACCCGUUUUGUAACAGACAACAUAAAAAAGAGCCCUUUAUUAAAUCAUUUUUACACAAAUUGUUAAUCUUUUUAAAUAAAUAAAAGAAUAAAUCUUUUUUGUUUGUGUUGUCAUUGGACUCAGACCAGCGUAUUGUGUUGUCAGCUGCUGCCUCUUGUUGGUUUGAUGCUUUUCUGUUGGCCUAUGAUCACAUCUACAGCCUGGCCCACUGAUGACGGGGGCUGUGUUUGUACUAUAUUUGCAUGCUUCUAGUCAGUGGGACUCCAGAGCUUUGAGCUGCAGAAAAAACGUUCAUUGAAGAAGGCACUUGACAGAGCUGUAACAACUAGACAACAUCUACAUUUUUCCUUUGGUUCCAGUUUCACAUCACUGGGACUCUAAUGUGGAAUAAAGGAUAAAUCAAGAAAUGGAAAUAUUA